UCUGAGCCACAAGACGGCUAUACAAAUGCACCCCACAUGACAUGCUUCAGCUAAGCUCCCAAAAUCCGUGACUUGGAUACAACUGCCAAGAUCCCAUCUUCUCUCUCUUCCUCUUCCUUUCUCUUCUCUCUUUUCUCUCUCUCUCUCAUGGCUCCCACUGCUCAGGCAGCACGGGCGGAGGAGCAGAGCUGCAAGGCCAACGGCGGCGGCGGGGGCGUCGGCAAGGCGGCGGUGAGGUGCCACCCGGCGCUCGCGGAGCACAAGGCGUCCAUCAGGGGCGUCGUGGGCGAGCUGCUCGCGAGCGCCGGCAAGAGCAGGAGCCUCAUCUCUCUCGGCGUCGGCGACGCCUCCUCGCACGCCUGCUUCCGCCGCGGCCGUGAGUUCGCGGCCGAGGCCGUCGCCGAGUCGGCUAGGUCCGGGGCGUUCGACUGCUACGCGCCGUCCUACGGCUUCCCCGCCGCCCGCCGCGCGGUCGCCGACCACCUGUCCGCCGGCGCGCGCCACCGCACCCGCGACUCCGACGUGUUCAUGACGGUUGGCGGCACCGGCGCGAUCACCGCGAUCACCACGGUGCUUGGCGGUGCUCCAGGGGCGAACAUCCUUCUUCCGCGGCCGGGCUUCGCACCAUAUGAGGCAGCCUGUGAGAUCGCCGGCGCUGAGCCUCGGUUCUACGACCUCCUGCCUCGGCAUGGCUGGGAGGCCGACCUUGCCGGCGUGCGCGCCCUGGCCGACGGCGCCACGGCUGCCAUUGUUGUCAUCAACCCGAACAAUCCAUGCGGCGCGGUCUACUCGGCACAGCACCUUUUCCAGAUUGCUGAAACUGCAAGAGAUUUGGGGAUUCCAGUCAUAGCAGAUGAGGUAUAUGCACAUAUGGUUUUUGGUGGCAGCAAAUUUGUGCCGAUGGCCUCCUUCGCGCACAUUGCACCGGUUAUCAGCAUUGGAGCUCUGUCAAAGAGAUUCAUGCUACCAGGAUGGCGACUUGGUUGGUUGGCCUUCUGUGAUCCUAAUGGUGCACUGAAGCAUGUCAGAACUGCAACCGAGAUGCUACUGAAUGUGACUUCUGGCCCUGCCUCCAUAGUUCAGGCCGCAGUUCCUGAGAUUCUUUCCAAUGAACACAGAGAGUUCCAUUGGAAUGUUGUUAGCUUGCUUGAAUCUGCAGCUGAUGCUCUCCACAGAAGACUGAACAAAAUUGAAGCUCUGCAGUGCUACUCAAAGCCUCAUGGCUCGAUGUUUAUGAUGGUCGAAAUCGACACUUCACUUCUAAACGGUAUCACAGAUGACAUAGACUUUGCUCGUGAACUGAUCAAAGAAGAAUGUGUCCUGGUUCUACCUGGUUCUGUCAUUGGGUUGAAGAACUGGGUUAGGAUAUUUUUCGGAGCGCCUGUAAGUUUAAUACUGGAAGCCUGCGACAGGAUUGAGUCAUUCUGCCGGAGGAGGACAGGUCAAGCAAAACUACUGAAAAGUUCAUCAAAGAAGUUCUGAAGUUAGCAAUUAGGGUUUUUAUUAGCCCCUUAGCGUGUCUACGCCCUGUGCUUCCAUUUCUCUCAGAAGAUUUUUUUUAUACCAUACACAGUAUGAGAUUUGUAUAUAGAAUCUGACAAGCGAGAACAGUUGUCAGAUCACAUGCUUGUCUAUAGCAGAAUAAAGGUUAUACAAAAUUUGAAGAAA